UGAGGAUGCCUCAGCAGGCAUCGCGCUCGCGUGCGGCAGCGGUCAGCACCUCCGUGGGGCACCUGAGGCCGGGCCGUUUCCGGGGGGCUGCAGCGCGGGCUGCGCUGGCGCCAGGGCCGGCGCCGGUUCAGGCAACACAUGCGCUGACGGAUACUGCAGCUGCGGGGCCAAAGCGGACGUUGAUAUGUCGGACGCCCAGGGCGACGCCGGCGGCUGCGGCGAUGCCAGCAGCGGCGGCUCACCCCUCAGCCAAGGCGAGCUGGAGCUUCUCAGCAUGCUGCUGCUCGACGGGGCCGGCAGCACGAGCGCAGGUCGCGCAGGCGUUACUGCAGCGGCGGCUGCAGCGGGGGCGGGCGGCUGCGGGCGCGUCAGGCUGCACGCGAAGCGGCGCACACAGACCGUGUGCAGGGGUCGCGCGGGGGGCUGCUGA